GUGUUGAAGUGUUUUAUCUUCGAAUUAGAAAAAUAUUCAUCCAUCUUUUGAAGCGUUUAGUCAAAUACGGCUUGAUAUAUUGCAAUUAUUCGGCUUGAUGUAUUACGAGAUCGGUCGUUGAAAUAGACGCAAAUAUUUUGAUAAGGAUGGGUCUUUGAUGCUUCAGCUGGUUACCAUAGCUACCAAAGGAACCGCAGAAAACUUUGUUGGUAACAAACAUCUGUGGAGUUUUAUGUGCAAUGUAUUGUGGGAUAGCAAUGUUUUCUAAGGACCCAGAAAUAAAGUGAUGGAUAUUUAUUGUUGGGCAAUGAUUUUGUAAAAGAAUCUUGCAUAACAGGUUACCAUACCAACAAUAGUUACUGCCCUUGUUUUAAACAAAAGAAGAACGGACCAAAUACAGUGGCAUUACAAGAGAGUGGCAAUUUUAAACUAGCAUUGGCGAAAUAUGGAAUAUAACUAACUGAAGAUUUAACACAAGGGAGAUAAUUUGAAAAGGAAACAGGAAAUUUUAUUAGGACUGAGUGGAUCAGGCAGUUAGUCAUAACCUGAUAAAAUCAUGUAAAAACCGUUUGUUUGUCCAGUGAUCUAUGAGUGUUUAAUCUGAAUUUGUGGUUACGCAUACGCUGAGGAGAUAUAAAUAGGUAUUUUGUUAUCCUUGCUGAUUAAGUUGAUAUUUUCGAUCAAGAAUGGAGAUAGUGCUUUUAAGAUAGGGUUUCCUUUUCAUAAGUACUGAAAUCUCUCGUCUGUCGGAGUAUCAUUUAAACAUUGCUGAAAUAUUGUCAUUUUAAUGAAUAUUUAAUAAACAGAGAAAAUUGUGUUCAUUUAUGAUAGGAGUGGUAAUUUUACAAGAAAUAAAUAAAAAGGAUAUUUUUGCUGUGAUUUUCUUGAAUUUCGAGGAAAAGGAAACAAGCAUUGUGGAACUAAACAUUCCAGUUUUAAAGAAAUAAUGUCUGUGAUAAAAGAACUCUUGUGAUAAAGAUAGACAACUCAUAUUUUUUAUAAAGGAAAGGGAGAUAAUUUGUAACUAAACAAGGAAAUAAAAGGGAGAUUAUCCAUUUGAAGUGCAGGACAGCAGAAACAAAGUAUUGGAUUCAGAAGAAGUGACAAGUUGAUGGAAAAUUGUGUUUAGAGUUUACUGCAAGGGAAAUAACUGAGAAGAUAUUACAGAUCAAGGGAGCUAAUUCUUUGAGAGAAUCUGACCAAAGAAAGAAUACUCAAUUUUAUAACAUUCCAUAAUUAUUUAUUUAGCAAACAAAUGACUAUGGCAAUGGGACUUCUUGUUUGUUUUAAUUGUUGCAUAACAGAACAGCCACAGCCGAAACGUAGACGACGGAUUGACCGCAGUAUGAUUGGAGAGCCAACGAAUUUCAGACAUACGGCUCAUGUUGGGUCGGGAGAUGUCGGCCUUACACCAAAUAGUUCAACAAAUAGUUUAACAAAUAUUCAAGGUCAGAUGUCAUCGAAAGGAGAAGGUGAUGACGCUGCCAGCCCAAUAGCAGUACAUUUAAAUGUUAUAGACUUACCUGCCCGUAAUAACUCUUAGUUUUCCAGUUUUGGAGUUAGAUCAUCAUUAUGUAGAUAUUCAAGUGCUUUCAAAUUCCAACAUCAGUUGACUCAGGCUUGCAUAUGCUGCAUUGUGUAAUAUAUUGCUGAAUGAGUACAAAAUAUUGUUGUCAACAUGAUCAUCAUGGAAUAGCAUACCAUUGCUAUCUUAUCUGAAAAUAACGUUGGACCAGAUGCCAGCCUUUCUGUUUUCUUUGCCAGUGAUGAAUUGCGACUGAGUACCUUAGCAUCGAUUGUCUAAAAGAAACAUCAUUUGAUGGUAAGCAGACGUGAUUGAGAUAAAUUACAAGGUUGGUCUUUGACAGGAGGUGCAAACAUUGUCAUCAGAUACUGUUGUCAUCAUUCCACUGGUAGCAGUAAUUAUUUAAAACACCAUUGAAUGAAUUAAAUAGAUCAUUUAGCCAUAAAGGGCUUACAUUUGAUCUACACAUGACAGUAAUUUGAAUCAUGUAUUCACAAAUACCUAGUGUAGCAGAAGUGAUAUUUGGAUAAAACAUUUCUGAACAAAGUUUAGAUAUUGUUAUCAUCUUCAUUGGAAGUGUGGAUGGAUGAGUACGUAUUGGAAGAAUUGCACAAGGCCACCAAUAUCGUCGUCAUCAUCAUCAUCAGCAGCAGCAUAAUCAGCUUUACCGAUAAUUUUAUGUAAAAAAACGUUUACUAUUUUUAAACUAUUUCAGACUAUUAAAAUGUUAGUGUGAUUUUCUUUACUCAGCAUGGGAUAUUCAGCAAGAAAUUUUGUGUUCGUAAAUUCAUAAAUAUUUUACUUCCCUAACUGAUAAGAAUACAGUUGUCUGACUAAAAUAUGUGAUAUAGAGGAUUUUUUUGUAUAAUCAGAAUACUUAGAAGUCAUUCUAUUUCAUGGGCACAAAAUUUUGUUGUUUUGAUCAAAACAACUAAUUUAUUAGGAUAUUUUAAUGUUUUCAAAUUUGGCCAUAAGUUAGCCCUUAUCAUGUUUGGCAUGAUGGAUUCUGCCUUUGCAACCCUGCACCAUCCUUGCAUUCUGAUCAAGAUCUACACUGUUCACCAUUCAGUCAGUAUCUUUUUGGCAAACACCCGCUUUGACAGUUAAUGGUACUGUCCAAAUUGAAAGAUGGACAAGUCCAGUAUAGAAAUUUAGCAGGGUAAGGGUUAGAAUAGAAAUUUCACUUCUUUGUCAGGAUAUUCUAAGCAGAUCGACUGGACUACGAAAUCCACGAAAAAUUGUCCUCCAAGAAUAUCAGUGAUUUCACCAGUAUCUUCCACAGAAUGAAAUUUUCUGAGUUACAUAGCAACAUAUGGUGUUCAUGAGGUAAAGCUAUUUUGAUCUAAAACACACAAGUUUUCUUUUUAUUUUAUAUCUAAUGUUAGUGUUUUUGACCAAGGUUUUACUAGGUUGACUUGCAUAACCAGCAGAAAAAAAUUUUCACAGUGAAAUUACCAAAUACAAUUCACCAUUUUAUUUCAGUAGUUUGUUAAACACAGGUAAUAAAGCAACUUUAUGGAAUUCAGAAGAUUGAAAAAAAAAAAAAGAUUUUAAAGAAUAUUCAUAUUUUUAUUGAAGAAAAGGACUUGUAAAACAAGGAGAACUGUGUGCCUUAUUGACAUUGUUAUUUAUUUAUGUAAGUUUAACUUACUAGUAAAACAUAAGUAAAUUGGCGUUACUUGGAAUUGUUGGAACUCGCGUUACAGUAAAGCUAAGAAAAAUUAGAAGAUGCUGCCUUAAUUGGAAUAAAAAUGGUAUUUAUGCAAACAAAUGUGUAGGCUUUUUUAUUUUUUUUUUUUUUUUUUUUUUUUUUUUCCUCCAGAUUUGCUGGUUAAAGUGUCCACUGAGGUUAUAGUUGUUACCUAUAGUACUAUAUAAUUGUUUCUUUUUAGGGGUGACUGUUACUUUUUAAGAUGCUUUUUCGAAGUUUUAAUGUACCGGUACAUUUUGUAGAAAGUGCAAUAAAGAAUGGAAGUGUGUUCUUGAAGUUACUGGGAAAAAUGCUGGGGUCACUAUAUGAGCCGCGCCAUGGGAAAACCAACAUAGUGGCUUUGCGACCAGCAUGGAUCCAGACCAGCCUGCGCAUCCGUGCAGUCUGGUCAGGAUCCAUGCUGUUCGCUUUCAAAGACUAUUAUUAUUAGAGAAACCAUUAGCGAACAGCAUGGAUCCUGACCAGACUGUGCGGAUGCGAAGGCUGGUCUGGAUCCAUGCUGGUCGCAAAGCCACUAUGUUGGUUUUCUCAUGGCAUGGCUCAUAUCUUAUUAGGCCCCUUUGAAGAAGAUAGGGUUUAUUACAUUGAAAAUGUUGGUGUGACAGUGGACCAUUAUAUUUCUAAUCAUUAAAUGGAAACGGCUUUGACAUAGGGUGCCAGAUUCCAAAGAAUUGCAUGUCAGAGACAUAUGACCUAUCAAAAGGUCAAAGGUUAAGGUCUGAAAACUUGUUUCUGAUAUAUAACUGUUGAGUACUUAGGCCAGAGGCAUUUAAAGUACAGUUGAACCUGUCUUAAACAGCCAUCUGAAUUAAGCCUCUGGGGCUUAUGCCCAAACUUGACUUUGUUCUAGGUUGAACUUAUCUUAAGCAGCCAACUAUCUUAAGCAGUCAGAGUGUCCUUACCCUUUAAUGUAGGUUGGCUUGCAUAAUAUUUAGGGAUGAGAGGCAUGUGCGUUUUAAAACUCUCGUUAAGGAGGUAGGGCAAUCUUUCUUUUGAUUUUUACACACACUUGUAAGUGUAAAGGCACUGAACAAAUUUGUAAUUAUUUUUAUACAAAAUACUUUAACAGUUAUUGGUCAGUACGAAAAGACUUACAGAUAUAUUUUAUAUACUUCUUUUUUUAUUGUAAACAGGAAUUUAGGAUUUUUGUAAACAGGGGACAGAUAUAGAAGAUUUGAUAAAAGUUAUUUUUGUAUGUAAUUUUAUGAUUGUAUUUUUGUCAACAGUUAGAAGACAGUUAAUCAGGAAUUGAAGAUUAUACCUAAUGGGGAAUCAUUUAAUUUUGUGGGCAUGGAAUUCCAUGGUUUUGGACAAAACAGCUACCUUGUGUAGAUAAGAAUUAGUGGAAAUCAACUUUUCAAGAUGAAAUGAAUGGAAAUUUUACUUACUUUUGGGGGAUUUACUUACACAAAUUAAUGCGCUCACAUAAAAUAGUCCCCCACAAAUAAUUAAGGAUUUCACAGUAUGGCAGUUGAUUUCUUAAUGUCAGAUAAUAUAGUUUUUUUUCUACUGUUUAUAUUUUAACUGUUUGUUUUUAUAUCUUGUUAAAGUUGACCAUCAUGUUUAUUAAUUAUGAUAUAAAGUAUACAAUGUUUUGCCUUGAAGUAGUAUGCUUAACAAUAUGCAGUACUAUUUUUGAUCCAGCUUUCUUGGGUAUUUUUCUGAGAGAUGUGUUAAAUUCAUUUUGAAAGUGAUGUCAGGUAUUAGUCAAUAGGUAAUAACCAACUUGAAGAAGAUAGAAUUUGCAAAAGGUAAAACUUUUUGAGGCUUAUUUCAAAGCUAGUAAAGUGACUUUCUUAAGUACAGUAUCCGUUUUUAUCAAAACCAUAAUCCAGGAGGGUCCUCCACGGCCAGGUGGUCACGGUUGCUGAAUCGUUUGCCCCCCACUGCUUUGGGUUCAUAACUUAUCUUGCGUUUAGAUUUCUUUGAGAAGAAGUCAUCCAUCUGGCUUGUGGAAGGUCAAUCUACCAAAGUGCCUGCACGGGCCAAAAAUAAUGGUCAAGAGGGGCACCUGGGAUCUUCCUUCUCUGUGGAAACCUUGAAAAGUCGCAAUAUGACCUACAAUUGUCUAACGUUAAACCGAACAAAAUAGCCAAUAGUCCCGGCAAGUUAAUUGUUCCACAAUAUAAUUGAAAAACAUAUAGCUACGUCUUGCCUUCCAUGUGUCAUCUUGCUAAUGCUUUAUCAUACAUAUUGUAUGUUAGUGAUGUAAGUAUUUGAAAUGAUUGUGCAUUCACAAGUUUAGAGCAGAAAAAUUCAUCUUUCAGAGAAGCUGCAAGAUUUUAAAAUUAAAUGAGCCGCACCGUGAGAAAACCAACCUAGUGGCUUUGCGACCAGCAUGGAUCCAGCGCAGUCUGGUCAGGAUCCUGUUUGCUUUUAAAGUCUAUUGCAAUUAGAGAAACAGAUGCGCAGGCUGGUCUGAAUCCAUGCUGUUCUCAAAGUCACUAUGUUGGUUUUCUCAUGGCAUGGCUCAAAUAGUGUUCAAGUUACUCUGUUAAUACUGUAUGUUUUCUUUGUUUGGAUUAUGUUGAAAUUUAGAAAAUAAAAAUUUCACACAGAAAACCCUUGAGUGCCUGGUAUAAACUUGGCAAUGCAACAUAGUUGAUGUUUUAAAGAUAUAUUAUGCCCAUCUUAUAAGUAGUAUGCCUAGUUAGGAUAUAUUAUAAGUAGAUACUGAUUUAAGUUGGAAAAAAUCUGCAUCGGUAUACUUAAUGUGGUUAAAUGUAGAGCUAUAAACAUAGUUAAAUGUUGUCUGUGGUAGCAACAGUUAUAGUGGCAUAUGAAUGUAUACUGUGUUUAUUUCUACAUUUGUAAUAUUUUUUGACAUAGCAUACAUUAUUCUUUACACACAGGAACAUUUAUUUUCCAUAUUUACAUAGAUAACAUUUAGAAGUUGUUUGUAUUUCCAAACACAAAAUUUGGGCAUAAUAUAUGUUUAAUCAGUGUAAGUUUACACUGAAAACACUUUAAAGUUUACAAAAGUAAAGAUUAUUCAUUCAAAACUUUAUUCCUUUUUUGUGCAAUCUAUUCAUUCUAAUUUAUUGUCACUACUGUAAAAUCAUUUAUUUUCGUAGGCACAAAAUUUCAUGGUUUUGGCCAAAAUGGCUAUUUGUGGGGGGGUGUGGGGGUAUGAAUUUGUUGAUUUCAACUUUUGAACAUAAAAUGAAUGGAAAUUUUACUUAUUGGGAUUUCAUUUUCGUGGAUUGACUAAAUCACGAAAUCCACGCAAAAAAUAGUCCCCCACGAAUAUUUAUGAUUUCACAGUAAACAGAAGUUAAGGGAGAAAUUGUAAUACAAAAAUGUGUCAUUUUAUAUAUACAUUUCUUUAUUUCUCUUUAUUGUGUUCAUUUAUGUAUUUUAUGAAAUUAUAAAAAAAAGUCUUGAUUAUAUGUCGCUUCAUUUUAAAACAAAAUUUUAUUCCUGAAUAAUAAAACCUUGGUAUUCAGGUACGAAUAAUGAUUAAAAGUUGCAAGCUGGUUUUAGAUUUGUAAUGAAAAUUGCUGAUUAUUCAUUGAAGUGAAGGAUUUGUAUUUUAUUCUAGGAAGUUAAUUGAUUGUUAAAUAUUAUUUUGCUUCUGUAAGUAAAAUGAGCCGCGCCAUGAGAAAACCAACAUAGUGCGUUUGCGAUCAGCAUGGAUCCAGACCAGACUGUGCGGACCAGUCUGGAUCCAUGCUGUUCACUUUCAAAGCCUAUUGCAAUUAGAGAAAGCAAAAUUUUAGCAAACAGCAUGGAUCCAGACUGGUUAGCACAGGCACUAUGUUGGUUUUCUCGUGGUGCGGCUCAAAUUUGAAUAGCGUGUUCCAAAGAAAUUGUUGUCAUGUUAUCAAAGCUGUUAAGUUUAGUGUUCAUUGAAAUUACAAUUCUGUACACAUACAGUUUAUCAUUAGUUCUUUAUACAGGAGUGACAUCUCGGGUGUUUCGAAGGCUCCUACGAAACAAUGUAUAUUUGAUGUUACUUACUUUAAUCAGGCAGAUAGAAAGCUUGUCCGGCUGUAUGUGUAAUUUGCGCACUGUCUUAACAUUAGUAGAGAGGUUAUGAUGUCAGUACUUGUGCAUAUAAUCAGGGUCCAUGACCCAGUGGAUAAGGUUAUUGGCUUCCAAUCGCAAUAUCUCUCACAGCUGUGGGUUCGAAAACCUCACUUGAAGUGUAGAAUUAUUCAAUUGUUGAAGCCUCUUUUAAGUAUAUUGCUCUUUUGUAUUGUACUAUUGAAAUGUUGAUAAGUAGUAACUAUUAAUUUUAAGAGAACAAAGUGAUUUUUACAAGUUUUUAUGUUAAUUUUGUUUUUUUGUUUUGCAUAUACAGAUUUGAUCAGGUUCUGUACGGAAAAUGUGGCACCUCCUUAAUCUUCAAGAACAAAGUGAACAAUUUUCCGUAAAGUGGGCACUGUAUCUCAUUUAAGUGUUAAGUAUAUAAUGGUAUAUUUAUCAUUGAAUGUUUGUUAUGUAGUGUAUAAUUAAUCUUUUACUGCCAGGUUCAAGGGUUCUUUUAGUUAAAUCGUAAGUAACAUUUUCAGUGCAGGUUUGAUGCAUUUUCAGUAAAGAUCACACACAGAGACCAUAUCGCUGCAAAGUUUAAUGUGCUUUAGAUCAUAACACAUGUCUAAAUUUAUGACCACUUUAUUAAAAGAAACAAUUGGAACUUCGUAUCUCAGACUUGCUUAUCUAAUAAUUUCCGCCUUCUCUAAGACAUAUUUAAGCCCCGGCCCGAAAAGACAUAGAAAAAUCAUGUUAAGUCAAUUUCAGUUUUCUUAAAGUAAAACACUCGAUCCCUUGGAGAUGAGGUAUAGAGUUUCAGCUGUAUUUAGCCACUGACAGAAAUGUCAUUUUCAGUUGACUGUAUCCCAUAAGUCGUGUUAAGGUAAUGGAUCAGUAAUUUCCAUUCAGUUACAUAAUCUCCAAAUUCUGCUUUGGUAUUCUCCAACUGUAGCUCAAACAAACUUGGCUUUUUGUAGAGAAAUGCUGAGAUCACAUAUGGCAAAUACUUAAUAGAAUGGAAAUCGCUUAUUACGGUUAUGUGUAAAUAACCUUUUUGGAUUUUCUCUGAAAUGCUUGUAGUAGAUGAAUAAUAUUACAGUUGGUUCUGGCUUGAGAUCAUUACCAUACUGUUGUCAGAUCUUGACAAUAAAAUGGUUUACAUUUCAUAUAGGUAUGAUUUGACCAUAUAUAUAUUGAAUUACUUUUUCAUGUCCAGUCUUUCAUAAUUUAGAGCUAUUAAAAUUGACAUAUUUCAAAACUUACAAAUCAUUUUUAGCACAACCAAAUGAUUGUCAGACCAUAUUUGGAAGACACUGAUAACUAUCGGUAUGUGUAGGGAGUUGUAAUGCAUAUGCUUGAAAUCGCACCUUUAUAUAAUAUUAUGUUAAUUAACAAUACCCUAUACUUGGCAGUACAAGGUGACAUGUUAUGAAGUAUGUUUCUUGUUUUUUAACUUUCUUGAUGAAAGUGUUACAAUAAAGCUUGUUGCUCUCUA